UCCGUGGAUGUUUUUCUCCCAAAGAAAUGGAGGCUGCUGCUAUGUUCUAUAGUGUGAAAUGGGCAACUGAGCACCAGCUACAAAUAAAUUCCAUUGAGACAGAUUCCCUUUUCGUUGCAAUCACUAUUAAUCACAUGUCUUCUACUAGAUUUAUAAUACAUUUUCAUAAUUUAGUAGAUGAUAUUACUUAUGGAUAUAAACGCUUUUUCUCAAAAAAAAAAAGAUGAUAUUACUUAUGGUUUAUUCUCUUUUGUAGAGUAAAAGUAUCUCAUAUUAAAAGAGAUGCUCCCCAUGCUUUAGUUAGAUUUGCUUUUAGAUUGGAGGAAGAUAUUUAGUUAGGAGAAACCCUCUCCAAUCUACCUCUUGUUAUUAAUAGCUCAUUUUUAAUAAUAACAGUUUUUACUAAAAAAAAAAUAAAAAAUCUUUGAUCACAUCAGAUAACAAUCCACGUCAUCAAGUUCACACUUUUGAGUGAUCCAAUGCCAAUCGACCCUAAGCAGGAGAGGCCCGCCGUCUGUGUCACCGGAGCAAACGGUUUCAUCGGCUCAUGGCUCGUCAAAACCCUUCUCCAACACGGCUACUCCCAAAUCCACGCCACCACAUUUCCCGGCUCCGAUGCGUCCCACCUCUUCUCUCUCCCCGGCGCCGCCGCAGACAGCCUCAGAAUCUUCCCAGUUGAUCUUCUAGAUUCCGAUGCCAUCUCCGCAGCCGUGCGCGGCUGCUCAGGCGUAUUCCACGUGGCAUCCCCUUGUACCCUCGAAGACCCACGUGACCCUGAUGCUGAUCUCCUCAAACCCGCUGUACAGGGCACAAUCAAUGUCCUGCGAGCGGCGUUGGACGCCAAUGUGAAGCGCGUGGUUAUCACGUCUUCAAUAUCAGCCAUGGUUCCUAAUCCAUCUUGGCCUUCUGAGAAGCCCUUUGACGAGUCUUCCUGGACCGAUCUCGACUACUGCAAGUCGCGUCAGAAAUGGUAUCCGGUAUCGAAGACGCUGGCAGAGAAAGCAGCGUGGAAAUUCUCGCAGGAGCACGGUAUGGACGUGGUGGCGAUCCACCCGGCCACGUGCCUAGGCCCAUUGCUGCAGCCGAAUCUGAACGCAAGCUGUGCAGUGUUGGUUCAGUUGCUGCAGGGCUCAAAAGACACUCAAGAGUAUCACUGGCUUGGAGCUGUUCAUGUUCGAGAUGUGGCUAAGGCACAAGUUCUGCUCUUCGAGACGCCUGAGGCUUCUGGUAGAUACCUAUGCACCAAUGGUAUCUUUCAAUUCCGUGAUUUCGCCCAGAGUGUCUCCAAACUCUUCCCUCAGUUUCCUGUUCACAGGUUUACUGAUGAAACCCAACCAGGCUUAAAGGAUUGCAAAGAUGCAGCAAAGAGGCUAAUAGAUUUGGGUCUAGUAUUUACCCCUGUAGAAGAUGCUGUAAGGGACACAGUGGUGAGCCUACAAACUAAGGGCUUAUUAUGUACAGUAAACACCACAAUCUCUUAGUUGGGUUUUGCUGUGCCUUUCCCUCUUAUGCUUUCUUUAGACUUAUUAGUUGGCAGUAAUAAUGAGUGUUAAUAAAGUUAUGGCUAUAAUUAUUGAAUUUUCACCCUUUA